UCUGUCAGCGUUCCCAGUUGAGUGGAACUUGGCCACUGAACCCUUGCUGUGUCAAAGUCCUAUAAGUCUUUUCUGGUGAGUGGAUUUUGGUUCCUCUGUUCACAGUCAAGAGAUCUGAUUCAUGUAUGAAGACUUGAGGUGAGGACCAUGUUCCUGUUCCCGUCACUCCUUCUCCUGGGUGUGGUAACAGCAUCUUAUGCAGAGUCUAUAAUAGAAGGUGCUCAAAGUGCCUGCCCCGUGAUUGCCUGCAGUUCUCCAGGUCUGAAUGGCUUACCAGGCAAAGAUGGACGUGAUGGUACCAAGGGUGAGAAGGGAGAACCAGGUCAAGGGCUCAGAGGCUUGCAGGGCCCUCCUGGAAAAGUAGGACCUGCAGGAUCCCCAGGGAUUCCUGGGUCAAAAGGAGAAGAGGGACCAAAAGGAGCUGUGGGGCCAAAAGGAGACCCUGGAGAGCGUGUUGAAUCUGACACCAGAGAAAUUGAUGCAAAAAUCUCAGCUCUGGAAUCAGAGCUGAGAAGCCUUAAGAGGUGGAUGCUCUUUUUUAGGAGUGAACAAGUCGGAAAGAAGUUCUUUGUGAGCAGUGGUCGAAAGACAAACUUUGAUGAAGCGAAGACUCUGUGCUCCCUAAUACAGGCCUCCGUGGCCACUCCCAGGAAUGCUGAGGAAAACAGGGUCCUCCAGAGCAUGACUAAAGACAUCACUUACCUGGGCAUAACAGAUAAGAGGAUUGAAGGCCAGUUUGAGGAUUUGAGAGGAAUGAUAGUGCACUACACUAACUGGGCUGCUGGUGAGCCCAAUAACAUGGACUUUAAGGAACACUGUGUGGUGCUCUUGUUGGAUGGCAUGUGGAAUGAUAUCCCCUGCUCUGACACCUUUUUAGCAGUCUGUGAAUUGUCUCAGUGAGGGGGCUUUCCUUCUCAGUCCUCCUGGAUCUUUUACUGGCCUCCAUAAGUCCACAAUUUGUUCUGAAAUAUAAAAUAUAAACUAUUAAACAUUAACUGCCCAAUUAAACUAGAACCCUUUUUCUGGAAUAGUAUUUUCUUGUGAAGGUGCAAAAAUAAAACGAGCGUGGCCUUUUCAUUUAUGAUGAA